CUCAGUGUGGAUGCAUGCCGAGGACUACCUGCAGUGAAUCACCCUAUAGGAAAUCAUAACACUCAGAACGUCGUCUGGAAACCAGACAUAGUGAAAUAGACAGCAGGGUUGUUCAUUUCCCGAAAUUGAUCAGUGUUAUUAUUUUCACCUGUUCAAUCAUUGCUUUAUAUACAACACCGGGUCGACAGUGUGCCGGUUUACGCGAGGUAUAAAUCGAGAUUAAUAACAACACAUCACAUUUUAGUUGGACUUUGAAAUAUGGCUGCCGAAGCCGACGAAGGAGCCGAAGUUGAAGAACACCCUCAUCCAGAAUGUAGCAGAGAGCAGCUGCUACAAGAAAUCGAGACACUGAGAAAGAAACUGGGAGCAGCGAACAGCACCAUUGAGCAAACAAAUCAACAAAUGGAAUUGCAAAAAAUACGAACGAGACAGCUUAUAGCCGCGUGGAGACUUCGCCUCGACGAAGGCGAUGAUAAGUUAGCACGGGAAUCAAAGAGAAGGGACACUGAAAUGAAGGAAGUCACGUCAAAAUUAAUGUAUUUAGAGGGAGCUCUCCGCAAAGAACAACGUUCGAUAAUCAACAUGUUAUCGGAGAAAGAUAAACUAAUAGGGAACCAGCAGCGCCAAAUUAACUCCAUUACUACGGCUAAUGUACGACUUAUGGACGCGCUGAAUAAACUACGAAAUGACCGAGUCAGCUUUGGCGAUAACCAUCAAAUAAACGGUUUAGUUGAACGUGAAGACACGGAUAGCGGACACAGCACGAAUAGUUCCUUCUCAUCAGUGAAUACACAUUCCACAAAAAAGGCAUCGUCGACGAACAGAGUGAGAUUUCAGGAGGACGGUCAUAAUGUGCGCGAUGACACGACGCCGAGCUUAAAAUGGACAUCGCCAAUAACGCCAGCUGCGCUUAAGCACAUGCGGGCUAACACUAUUAGUUAUUUCUGACACGCAUCGCAACAAACUACAUAUCUACCAUGUAGAUGGUGGUUGGAUCAUAUAUUAAUAUUACAUACAUUGACAAAAUCGAUUUAAAGAAUUUGAUAUUUUUCAGCAAGUUACUUAAUUCGCUGUGAUGCCCUGUGACGUAUGUGGAUGGACCACAAUGCAUUGGGAGUGAAUACUGCACACAGUGAUUCAUUAUAUGGUAAAAUAUCACUAUUAUAUAUAUGUUGCACAUAAAUAGUAUUCAUAUUAUGCAUUAGUGCUUUCAAUCUACGGACUUUGAAAUAAAUCUUGUCCCGGUAA